AUGCCAAUUUCACCGUACAAAAGGGUACGUAAGAUGCUUGUCGACCAGGGUCUUCGGGAACAACUUCCGUCCAACCAUCCGCUGAUCUCCCUCCACGCGAAGUACCUCGAGUUGGGCCACGAGAAGGAUUCUCAGGCAUGCAAGAAUUACCUUGCAAAUGUCUCGAGAAUCCUUCAGUUUGUCUCGACGUGGCUCAACGAUCGGGGAUGUCCGCCCAGACACUGGUCGGAGUUGUUGUCUUCCAGCGAGGAGCCAUACGUUAAUUACUUCACGGAGAGAGAGAAACUGGGCCAAACCACAGCGACAACCAUUAACUAUCUCAAGAAUCUCCAUACACUUAUGAGCUCAGCCAUUACGCUGUAUGCGCUGGAAUACAAGACCUUCCCGAAAUCCUUCAACGGUGACCCUAGCCAAACUGUUAUAAAUGGCAUUAAACUGCUUCAGCAGAAGCUAAAGAUAUUGUACGGCAAGAAAAUCAAACAACAGUCGGGAGACCUGUUUCGGAGGAAAACGGCCGAAGCUCUGGAUCUCCCCGAGUACACGGACAUAGAGAACGUAAUGGCAAAAAUAGAUCUUGACCUACCGCCGUUCCUUGACCAGUUGGAGGAACACUUCGGCCCCGGCGGUAUGGUCAAGGUCUCGAGUGAGAAGACGUCCACUCCGGCGCAGAAACACCUCUCCGGCAUCUGGCGUAAAGUAGUUUGCGGCCUGUCCAUCCACCUUCUGUGGACCUCCAAGCAGAGGAGCGGUGUGGUGGCCAACAUGCUACUAGAAGAGUGGGAGCGCCGAAGAGUCGAGGGUGACAAGACUAUCGUGACGGUCUCCACGCACAAGAAUGAUGACAAGGAGCCGGCCACCUUGGUAAUUGGACAUGGCAAGGCCGAGCUCAUGGAACGGUACUUUUCACUACGUCAGCGCGUUGUGACUUCGGCCAAACAGUUUUUUGUGACCAACAAGGGCGAGAGGGUCACAAAGCUGUAUGACGACAUAAAUAAAAUUUAUGGCUCACGGUUGUCGGCCUCCGUUUUUCGACGAAUGGUAGAAACGAAAUCCAGAGGCCACCACGCCGACGUGAGCAAGUCUGUGGCAGUGGCACUCCAGCACGGAGACUUGUAG